AUGAUGGUCAUGAAACCAGUGAGGGCAUUCUCCUCGGCUCCUGCCCUCUGCUACUCUCGUCAGCAGUCGUUUGCACAAACUAGUAGGGGUCGGCAAUCAUGGAGAAGAUCUCAGUUGAUGACUCGGCUAUGGGAUAGUUCCAACCAAGAACAACAACAAUCACGCCCCUUAUCCAACCAAGAGUUGGUCGAACGACGAUUGGCAGUCAAUCAGGCCAAAAGGGAGUCACGACAACGAAGCGUUCAAGAACGGCUCGAUCGCAACAUGAAAUUCAAACGACUCUUGCACAACGACAGUACGACGAAUUCAGAUCAAGAAAGUCCCUUUGUGGUUCCCCCGCUAUAUGCUGUCAAGAUCUGGGUCGAUAUCGAUCUACGACAGGAAAUGAGAUUGAGUGGACGAGAAAAACGUGGUCGAGUCUUUUUGGAAUCUGGAUCAAAAGGUGUUCAAACCAUUAGUGGGUUGCACCAAGAGUUGUAUGGUUUCUUUUCCGCUCUGAGAAAGAACACUUUCUUGUUGUCAGCUAGUGUACCACCCAUCACUGCCGAUGGUAAAGUCGAGUCAUUGCCGCCCAAGGAGGGAGAAGCGUGGACCAUUGAAACUGACGACGAUGUGAUUGCAACUUUUCAAAAGGCAGAUGAAUUCUUUCACGAGUCGGCGGUAAAAUUGCAACGACCUUGCAUUCAAAUCAAUGUCCUCAAGAAUCCCAAUGCACCACCCCCGCCUCCACCUCCCGCAUAUCUCGAGGGAAUGGCAGAUCCGAAGCAAUCGGAAACCAUGACUAUGCUUUCCUUCUACGCCUUCCCGCCGCAAGGGAUCGAAGAUCCUGAAGCCUUUGCUUUUGACAUUAAGAAAAAGUGGAAACCAUUCGGAGCUUUGGGCCGGGUAUACGUUGCCCAUGAGGGUGUCAACGCUCAAAUGAGUGUUCCGACCAACGUCUUGGAUAACUUUAUGGCAUGUUGCAAGAUUGUUCCCGAACUAGGAGAGCACAUGGAAAAUGGCAUCAACAUUGAUCCUCAACCAUUGACCAUGGAGGAGUUUCAAUCUGCAGGUACUCCCGUCAAUCAGAAACCUGCUCCUCCAUUUCGCAACCUUCAUGUUCGUGUCCGAUCGCAAAUUGUAGCGGAUGGAUUGGACAAGUCUCUGGAUUGGCAGUCGGCCGGAUACGACAUGCCACCCAUGGAAUGGCAUCAAAAGAUCAAGGAAGCCCGCGAAACCAAGGAUACUGGAGACGACACAUCCAGCCCCAUCGUUUUGGAUUGUCGCAACGACUACGAAACAGAAGUUGGGAUCUUUGAAGGAGCCGAACCUUUGGGAACCGAAAAUUUUCGUGAUAGCUGGGAUGUUCUAAAAGAUCGUUUGAAGGACGCACCGAAAGAUGCUCCCAUCAUGACCUACUGUACAGGAGGGAUCCGUUGCGUCAAAGUGGGAGCCUACUUGACCCAAGAAAUGGGUUUCACCAAUGUUUCUCGUCUGGCAGGAGGGAUCAUUGCAUAUGAUCGCACCUUGACGGAGAAGACUGAAGACGAAGAAUCCAUGUUCAAGGGCACAAACUUUGUAUUUGAUGGAAGAAUGGGAAGAGAGAUUACGGAUGACACUCUUGGAACAUGUGCCACCUGUGGCACCAAAACGAACCUUGUCAGCAACUGCCACAAUGAAAACUGCCACAAGCGAAUGAUCCAAUGCGCGGACUGUAGAACAAAUUAUCAUGGGACAUGCUCUCAUGCUUGCAAGACCAUUGUUAUCAAGGGACAAGCAAAGACGGAAGAAGGAUCAACUUUCUCAGAAACUGCCUCUGAAACAUCAUCCAAGACAUUUGAAUCAAUUGAUGAUUAUUCCGUUGGACAUUCGACUCCAGCUCCGUCCGUUUACGCAGAGAUGGAGCACAACACUCGCGCACACAUGCCAACUGGUGCGCAUAUGGUAUCUGGAGCAACACAAGGAAGGAUCUUGGCACAACUUGCGUCCAUGACACGAGAGGGCCGCAUUCUUGAGCUCGGCACAUUCACUGGAUAUGCAACUGUAUGCUUCUUGGAAGGUGCUCGAAAUGUCGGACAAAUCACUGGCGUGGCGAAUGGAAAUAUUCAUUCAGGCCCCUAUGUCAUGUCAUUGGAGCGAGACGUUCGUGCAUUCAACAUUGCAGCCGCUCACGUUCAAGCUGUCGGCGAAAAGGGUUUGGGGGUCGAGGCCGCGGAACUCGUGUGCGCCAUUCGUAAUCAAGAAGUUCCAAGUGUGGAUGGCGAUUUCGUUUCAUCCUCACUAGAUGGCAUCGCUGGAUGUGACCUUUUAAGGGUAACAGAUGCUCUCGCAACUGUGGAAGAGAUCGCAAGUGGCAACGGCAGCCUCAAUCCGGCUCCAUUUGAUUUGGUAUUUGUAGAUGCCGACAAGACAAGACUGUUGGACUACGUCGACGCAUGUCUAUCCAAUGAUCGACUUCUAAACAAAGGAGGUUUCAUUGUAGUAGACAAUGUGCUCUGGAAGGGAUUGGUAGUGGAAGCAAGCAACGGCUCAUUUUCAUCCGUAGCAGACUCCCCAGAUGAUGAUAAGAAUCUGGUAAAGAAGAAUCGGAGAGCAAGAAAGCUUGCGAAUCAAAUGCACGACUUUAACUCUUGCAUUGUUAAAGACGAUCGGGUCGAAGUUGUGCUAUUCCCUGUGCGCGAUGGACUCAGCGUUAUUCGAAAGAAAUAG